AUGAACAACGCAAAUAAUUCAACAGCGGAAGCCACCACAGUAAAAAUCGUUGUUGUGGGCGAUGGAAAUGUUGGAAAGACCUGCUUGUUGAUUGUAUAUGCUGGAAAGGAAUUUAUGAAUGAUUAUGUUCCAACAGUAUUUGACAAUUAUGGUUGUACUGUUUAUGUAGAUCAAAAGCCUGUAAAUCUUACUCUAUGGGAUACAGCCGGCCAGGAAGAUUAUGAUAGAUUAAGACCCUUGUCAUAUCCAGACACCAAUGUAUUCUUACUGUGCUUUUCCCUUGUUCAGUACUCGAGCUUUGUUAACGCCAAACUGAAAUGGUUCACUGAAAUUUCAAAACAUUGUCCUUCAGCACAUGUCAUGUUGGUCGGUACCAAGCUUGAUUUGAGAAAUGAUUUGAACUAUGUAAAGAAUAUGGAAGCUCGAGGCGAUCCAGAGGAACGAGUGGUCACAUACAAGGAAGGUCUCCAGUUAUCAGAGGAAUUGGACUGUGCAGGAUUUGUUGAAUGCUCAGCCAAAACCAAACAAGGCUUGAAGAAGGUCUUUGAUGAGGCCAUUCGAGUGAGCUUGUAUGGAAGAGUUUCUAAAAAGAAGAAGAAUGGAAAAAACUUGUGCUUGUUGUUGUAG